AUGACGGAAGCAAAUCCUCCCGUUCCCAAAUUCGCAUCUUUCCGGUCAAAACCUUCUAGCACUGUCGCAGUUAUUGACUCCGAAAAGGAGGAUAAACACAAAUUAGCGACAAGACAACAUACCCAGGAAGAAGAACGUCCAAGAAAUUAUCGUCGGCACCACAGAUCUAGAAGUAGAGAGAACCAUAGAUCUAGGAGCAAGGAGAAGUCACAUACACGUGACUCCCGCCACAGAUCACGGAGUCGAGAGAAGCACAGGAAUAGGGAGAGGGAAAACAAUGAAAGAUAUAGCACACGCCGUAGAUCUCGGAGUAGAGAUGGCCGUUCGUCUAAUAAUCAUCGGCCACUGAAUCGGGAACAAAUUCAAAGAAGCUCUACCGAAGUGUCCACCAAACAUGAACCAGAUGUCUCGGGGUCCGAAACUGCCUCUGACAUUUAUGUUGUUGACAGAAAAGGAGAUGUGAAGAACCUGAUAUAUGGAAGCAAUCACCGCUACAGUGUGCCACCAUUCCAUCGAAUUGGGGCCGGUCGCGUUCUUGGUGCACCUCGAGACACAAAAAUUGACAGAGAUCAUUCAGAUGAUAAGGGUAUUGUGCUUACAAAUUUGAGAGACUUCAGAUUCAACAAUCGAGAGAAAUACAUUUUUUCUAAGGUGGAGAGAGACAGACCUCGCCUUUUGAAAAUCCGUUCAGAAGUUUUGGCCGAGGAACCUUUCUUGCACGAUGACGAUUUCGUUCCACUGCAGAUUAGUAGAGGUAAAAAGCGAAAGAGAGUGGAUCUGGAACUUGGCUCGAAUUCCGAAUCUGAUCAUGAUGAUACUCAUUAUCGUUCAAUACAAGGGAAAGCUAAAACGUCUAAUCAACCCAGGAUAACGCUUUCCAAUAUGCUUCAGAUAGUGAUUCCUCAGGAGCUAUCCAGACGAAUAGAGCAUGCCCCAAAUGAUGUAGAUGCGUGGCUUGCAUUGAUUGAGCAUCAAGAUAUGCUUCUGAAAGGAGGGGAUGAAAGUCGUCGCAUCACUAAUGCAGAGAUCAGAAGUACGGCGGACAUCAAAAUCCACAUGUACGAAAAGGCUUUGGACAAGAUUCACUACCUACAGGACCGCGAGCGACUACUUCUUGGCCUGAUGGCGGAGGGUGCAAAGAUUUGGGAAAUAAAGGUUCAAGCUGAGCGAUGGGCACAGAUUGCAAGUGACAACAUCAAUAGUCUCGUCUUAUGGAAAAAGUACUUAAAUUUCAGACAAAGUAACUUUUCAACAUUUAGAUAUGAGGAUGUGCGUGAAGUAUUCCUCGGUAGGAUUCGUUCUUUGAAGAAUAGCAUCAGUGCCGCGCCAGAAUGGAGCUCUGUGGAAUUACUUUACGAGCAGCUCCUAUAUGUUGUGCUCAGGGCCACUCUUUUCAUCCGUGAAUCAGGCUUCACAGAACUCGCAGUGGCAAUCUGGCAAGGUAUCUUGGAGAUAAAUUUUCAAGGGCCGAUGUCUAUACGCACUGAGCAUGAGGCGCCAGGGCUAGUGGAAAACAGAACAAUUGAGCUAUUCGGUGAGUUUUGGGAGGCAGAAGUUCCACGAAUUGGGGAAUCAGGCUCUCUAGGCUGGAAAAGAUUUGCAGAAGCAGGAGAUGAUUCAACAGUUCCAGAUGUCCAGACCGAUGAACCAGAGAUGUCACUUAAUGGCCAAGACCUCUUUGAAAGCUGGGUCAUCGCAGAAUCUCUUCGUAGCAAAGCUUCUAGAGUACCUGCAAGAACCAUGGAUGAUACUGUGGAAGACGAUCCUUAUAGAGUCAUUCUGUUCACGGAUAUCGAGAAUUUUCUUUUGCUAUUGCCAAAAUCUGCCGAGUACCUACGAAGAUCUCUCUUGAAUGCGUUUUUGAUGUUUUGUCAUUUGCCUUCUAUGUCUACUCAAGAUCAUGAGUCAAGAAAAGUACACGAAAAAUCUACUGAGGAAUCGAUUGAGAGCGAAGAAACGAAAGCUUCGUCAGUCUUCGCAACUCCUACAACGACUCUUGCAAUGGCCCCAGAAUCUAUGUUUAGCAACGGCUGGUUCAGUAGCUUCAAGCCAUGGCGAGAAGUAUACGGUAAUGAGGAUGAUGGACCCAUUUCUUAUUCGUGGGUUCGCAACACUUUGAAACAACUCACACAGUCAUAUCCAAUAGAAGAUUUCGCAGAAUACUACUUAGCAUUUGAAUGGAUAAACGAGCCCGCAACCAUCAAGAAGGUCGCUAAAACUCUCAUCAAACAACAUUCCUCCAGUCUCAAGCUCUACAAUGCGUACGCUAUGAUCGAAUGGUCAAAAGGCAACCAGGAAAUGUCAAAUGGAAUCUACACUGCAGCUCUAGGGAUGAAUCAAUCUAUGCUCUCUUCGCCAGAUCUCAACGACAACAAAGAUUCAGUCCACCUCUGGAAGAGUCUGAUAUGGGCAAACAUCUCGAUCGGAUGUAGAGAAACUGCAUUGUCGCACCUCCUCUCCAUUCCUCACGGUAUUCCCAAACCAACCAUCCCCACCGAAAUAACUCCAACUGCCCUCCUCAAAACCCAACAAUAUCUCUCCUCCGCUCGCGACCAUUUCCUCACAACCCAAAAUCCUACACACGCAGUCCUGUACACCGAACUCCUUGCCCUCCUCAAGUACCUAACCACCACCUCCACAAGCGCGCCCCAGUCUCCUCAACAAGGAAACAUCACCUCCGCUCUCGAAAUUCUCACCGCCUUCUCCGUCCAGCUUUCUUCCCGCUUGACCUCACCACAAUUAGCCUACCCCCUAUCUCUCCUCCACCAAUCCACAGCCCGUCUACUACACCACCACGCAAAAUCUGGCCCCUAUCGUCCUCAAACCCUUCAUUCACAACUCACCACCUCGCUACGCUUAUUCCCAAACAAUACGAUUUUCUUUUCCCUCCUCACAUCUCCGGGACUCGGAAUUACGAAACUUAUGAGCCCGAUUACUCUGAGCACUUUGUUCUCUGAUCUUUUGCAUAGCUCGACUUCUUCAACUCAUAACAUCCUACCCCUCUACCUCAACAUUAUCCACCACUAUCUUCAGAACACUCAAUCUGCAUCACCAAAUCUCAAUACGAUAAAUUCAACAUUCGUUUCGGCAUUAAAUCUUAAAGGUUCAAAAUCAAACUUGGAUUCUGGACUUGCGAGUUCGAGUGCGCUUUGGAGAUUGUAUCUACUAUUCUGUGAUGUAUACCCUCAGUUUUUACCUUCCUCAUCCUCAUCUUCAUCCAUAUCAUCCUCAAAAGCUUUGAUACUUGGACCAGGGUCCGCCAGCAGGGAAAAUAGCAGAGAAGAAAUGAAUCGCAAAGCAAAUGGUAUAGUAGAGCUUUGGAAACAAGCGAUAGCGAGGACGCCGUGGUGUAAGGGGGUCUAUAUGGUUGGGUUUUGA